AUGGAGAAUUUGCUUUGUGAUGAGGUAUGGCUUUCGGGUCCUGAAACUCCGGACCCUAGCCAUGAAACUGACCGUUGUACUUUGAAGGAAGACUCCGAGCAGGCUCUUUUAAUAUGCCUGAAGAAAGAGCUCAGUUACAUGCCUGAGCCUGGUUAUCUGGAUUAUCUCCAGUCUAAUAAUUUGGUUUUCUCUAGGUUUAGAGCGGUUCAAUGGCUUAUCAAGACUGGUACUCGGUUAAAUCUCUCCACUGGAACAGUUUUCAAUGCGGUAAAUUACCUGGAUCGCUUCAUAUCAACGAGUCAGUGCCCUGGAUGGAAAAACUGGAUGGUUGAGUUACUAUCCAUUGCAUGUUUAUCCAUUGCCUCCAAGUUCAAUGAGACUUCCCUCGCUUCCUUGGAUGAACUUCAGAUGCAGGACUUAGAACAUUGUUUUCAAUCGAGCACAAUCCAACAAAUGGAGCUGAUGGUGUUGCAGGCUUUAAAGUGGCGUCUUGGUUCUACAACAACAUACUCCUAUAUAGAGCUGAUUACAAUAAAUAUCAUCCAUGAUCUCAAUCAUUACCUUCACAAUGAGUUAAUCAACCUAGUUAAUAAGACACUUGUCAAAGCUAUAUUGGAUUUCAAGUUGCUGCCAUAUCCACCCAGCGUUGUUGCAGUAUCUGCUCUACGGUGUAACCUAGGAGAGUUAAUUCCUUCGUCAUAUAAUGUCUAUAUCACCAAAAUUAUGAAGCUCAUAAGCCAAGAUCACGAGGAUGAUAUUAUGGAAUGUCGUAGGAUAAUCAAAGCAUGGCUGUUUCAUCCAUUCUGCAACUUGAAAGUUUCAGAGUCCCAUUACUACCCGUCAAGUCCUGUGACUGUUUUGUUGACGGAGAGGAUUGAUAUCAAUGAUUUCCAAGCUGAUCUUUCACUGUUCGGGAUGCCAUUGCCAAGUUCUAGUGUUGAUGAUGAUCGUGAAUCUAGUGGGAAUAAAAGGAAGAGAGAAGAAGAAUAG